AUGGCCGAUGAACCCCGACGCUCCGGCCGAGCCACCAAGGGCCAACACAAGAACCUCGAACUACCAGACGACCCCGGCAAGAAGGGCAAGAGCAAAAGUCCGAAAGAGAAGAGCACGAAAUUGUCGGCCGAACCCACACCAGGUCCCAGUGAAGGCGAGGGAGAAGAAGAAGAAAUCAUUCGAUGUAUCUGUGGUGAAUAUGAGGAGGAAGAGGAUGUGGAGCGCGACAUGAUCUGCUGUGAUCAAUGUUCGGCAUGGCAACAUAAUGACUGUAUGGGCCUCACAUUUAUGAAAGGCCAGGAACCGGAUCAAUACUUUUGUGAACGAUGUCGGCCUGAGAAUCACAAGGUUCUCCUGGCGAAGAUCAAUGCAGGCGAGAAACCCUGGGAAGAAGUUGCUGAGAAACGUCGUCAAGAAGCCGAGGAGAAAAAGUCCAAGCGAAAGAAGGGCAAGAAGGGUGGCCGUAAAGGACGAACCAGUGAGAGCAGGACAGAUGCUGGCACACCCGCUCGUACAGCACCAUCUAUCACGCCGGUUCCUGGCCCCAGCGGUUCUCCCGCACCCGCCGCAUCCAUGUCUGUGUCAGUGGAACCGGAGAAGAAUGGCCAUGUGGUUGAUUCUCGGCGGUCCAGCACCAACAAGCGCAAGCUUGAAGAGACGGUGGAGGCAGACAACGGUCCGCAGGUCAAGCAGCAACGGGUAUCCCCACAGGCAAUCCCUGCUGCUAUCCCAGAGGGAUCUCCACCCCAAAUCAAGACAGACAAUAUCCCUGAGACACCUGCCAUUGGAACGCUGGAGGAGCUCAUGCCUGCUCGCAAGAGUGUGGCCACACACCUCAUCAAGUUGUUUGUAGACCAAAUCACCGCAGCCCUGAAAGCUGGAUCCUUUACAUUGCCCGGAAAGCAAUCAGUGGAGGAUAUGGCUCGGCGGCUCGGUCUAUCGAUCGAAGAUGCCAUGUAUGAGAGUAUCUGUGGACGGUCAGGCGAGCCAAGUGAAUCAUAUAAGGCUCAAUUGCGGUCGAUCAUGUUUAACGUAAAGAAGAAUGCUUCUCUGCGAGAUCGUUUACUCGUAGGUAGUCUCUCCCCUAAGGUGCUGUCUUUGAUGACAUCGGGGGAGAUGGCCAGCGAGGAAUUGCAGCAGAAAGACGCGGAGAUCAAGCGAGAGGCAGACCGACAACGCACUAUUAUUCAGGAACAAGGCCCUCGGAUUCGGCGCACUCAUAAAGGAGAGGAGUUGAUCGAGGAUGAAAACCAUGGCGCGAACGAGUCCGUUUUCUCUCGUGGGCCCCGCCGUGUUGCAGGCGAGGAUGAGAGUCCUACCAACAAAAGUCCGACGACCCCGAUGGGACCACACCAGGCGAAGGCCGAUGCCUUUGCACGAGGACUUUCCCCUGAAGGCGCUCACCAUGAUCAUGUCUUCCCGGAAGUGGAAAUCCCCAGCAGCAUCCACGAGCCAGUGCCCAGCGGUAGGGUUCAAGCAGAUGCUGAGAUCGAUCAGCUCUUACGUGACGAUGAACCUUAUUCACCUCCCUACUCCCCGAAGGACUUCCACGACGACGGAAUCAUCUGGCGUGGCAAAGUAACCAUGCCUCCUAUUGGAGAAUUCUCUUCUACCGCAAAGCAUGUGGGAGGUGCGGACCUAAGCGGACGGAUCCCAUGGAGUCAACUGGCGCCGUCCACUUUGGUUGUUGAUGGCCGUAUUGACAUCAGACGGGCAACCGAUUAUCUCUGUGGCCUUCAGUUCAGCAAGUCCACCGAUGUGUCCGUGAUCGCAGUCAGCAGUCCUGAACAGUCCGAGGAACGAGCAGGGUUUGAUAAAAUGUUUGACUACUUCCAUAGUCGUGGCCGCUAUGGUGUUAUCGGGAAGCACCCGUUGCCCGCCGUGAAGGAUACAUACAUUGUCCCUAUGGAGAUAGGCACCACGACGAUGCCCGAGUUCAUCGAGCUUCUGGAGAACAUUUCAUUGGAGGGACCCAUCACCCAACGCCUACUUCUUACCAUUUUCGUCGUCAAGACAAGCGAUUCCAACCCUUCAUCUGUUCAGCCGCCAUCCCACCAUGCCAGCCAAGAGCCACCUGUUUAUGCGAGCCCGCUCACAGUUGCCCCAACUCCCCAGCAACCUCAGUUCAACGCUGGGAUGGCGCCGACUCCUCCCUCUCAUUUUGCUGGAUUCAACCCGAAUCCUGCCGCAUACGUCCAGGUCCCUGCACAACAAAGCCAGCCUAUUCCUCAACAUCAGCCUGCUCUGACCGGGCUCCCUGCUGCGCUGCAAGUCCUUGGCGCACAGGUUGAUGCCCCGGCCAUCCAACAACUUCUGAAGACUGCACCCAACGUGGACAUGGCCCAGCUCAGUGUCGUCCGCGAUAUCCUGGCGCGACAACCUGCUGCCGCUACUCAUUACGAUACCUUGAUGCAGGCUUUGUUCGAGACCCAAGCCAACGGCCACGUGCCUCAGCAGGGUGUUUAA